AUGAGGGGCACAGUCGCCCACGGCGCAGCCUUCUCAAAGCAUUUCGCCGCGUUCACCCUGGCGCCCGAGUGCGACGAUGCGCCGGGGACGUCGGCUGGGGACGAUGGGAACGCGGGUUCGUCCUCCCUCGUCGUCGACGUGGUGCUCAACGCGAAGGACGGUUGGGACAGGGACCUCCUGGGCGACGUGUGCAAUGCCCUCUACCUACCCGGCUCGCCGUAUGCGUCCAACCCAUCCCCGGACACCCCCGCGCGCCCCCCUCGGAACGUCGUGGUGGAGCUGAUCGAUUUCACCGAGGAGAGACUGGAGCCGGUCGGGGACGCGGGGGAAUCCCCCGGGGUGUGCUAUCACCCGACGCGCCUCCGAACGAGGGUACCGACGAGCACUGACGACGACGACGACGGUUGGACGACGUGGACCGCGGCGCCACGAGUCGAUGAGACCCCGCGGGCAUCGACGGGGAAGGGAAGACAAAAAGCGAGGAAGGACACCCGCGCCGUUCACUUCGCGGCGCUCUUGGUGCGCGAGUUCGGCCGCGAUAACCUGCGCGAGGGCCGCGGCGUCGUGGACGUCGCCGGCGGAUCCGGGGACUUGGCGUUUCAGCUGUCGGUUCGGUUCGGGAUACCGUGCACCGUCGUGGACCCUCGCGGCGGCACAGGCACAGGCACGGGCGCCGGCGCAGGCGGCGGGGGCGUGCGGCUCACGAGCCGUCACAGGCGCCUGCUCGCGUCGCGCGUCGCGAACAGCGCCGCUAUCGACGAUGCGUGGCUGGUGGCGUCGCCGCUGGCGAGGCAGCUGCGGCGGGAGUGGGCGACGUUCGCACCGGAAACAGCGGACCACGUCGAGGCUCUAUUCGACGAGCGGCUCAUGUCGGAUGAAGCCACCGCGGCGUUGAUCCGCGACUGCUCCGCGCUCGUGGGCUUACACCCCGAUCAGGCCACGGGCGCGAUCGUGGACUGCGGGCUGGUCAUGGGUAAGCCGUGGGCGGUGGUCCCGUGUUGCGUCUUCCCGAGCAGGUACCCGAACAGAUUGGACGCGAGCGGUGGGGUGGUGAGAACCACGGAGGCGCUGGUGGAGCACAUCGCGGGACGGGCGUUGGGGACGAGGCGGGAACGGCUGCCUUGCGACGGCGCGAACGAGGCGGUGUGGUGGAGGCCCGAGGUAGGGGCGGAGGGUGUGCAGCGAAAGGUCGGGCGGGAGGAUUGGCAGCGCUCGCCGAUAGCUUAA